AUGCAGACUAGAAAGUCUAUGGAAAGUAGCAUUCCAUAUGUUGUGCUGGGACUUAUAUAUGCAUUUCUAUUAUGCCUCUCUUGGACACCUGACACAAUACGUAUGAUGUUUACAAGUCAAUACUGGUUACCAGAGCUGCCUGGUAUAGCAAAAAUGUUCUCCAGUGAGAUGACACUAGCUUUAGCAUGGAUUCAUUUGUUAGCUGUAGACCUCUUUGCUGUAAGGCAGGUAUUUAAUGAAGGACUAGAAAAUGAAGUUGAGACUCGGCAUUCAGUUUCCCUUUGCUUGCUCUUUUGCCCGAUUGGAAUUGUUACUCAUGUCGUGACUAAAGCACUAACCAAAAGUGCCCAAAGCUACUAG